AUGGGGAACCCUUUGUCCCCAGCGCUAGCCGACCUAGUAAUGGAAAAUCUACUGGAUUCCGUAGUACGAAUACUAGAUUUUAAACCACCAUUCAUUUGGAAAUAUGUGGACGAUUUAUUGAUGUCGAUCUCCCCUGACAAAAUACAACAGGUUAUGGACAUUUUCAAUAACCACAACCCGCACAUACAGUUUACAUACGAGCUAGAAAUAGAUAAGCGUAUUCCAUUUCUUGAUAUGCUCCUUAUCCGAACCGACGACCAACAGAUUAAAACAGAAUGGUACAUGAAACCUAUUGCAAGUGGAAGAUUCCUCAACUACAAUUCGCAACACCCGUUGCACCAAAAAAUCAAUGUUGCAACGAAUUUCAUCAACAGAGUACAACGCCUGUCUACAAACCUGGAAGAUGCAGAAAUUAAUGCAAUCAUCGACAAACGACUCAAUCUCAAUAGCUACCCGAAAGGUCUACGGCGCAGACUUAUAAACCGGAAACAACAACACAAUAACAUCGCUGAACCGCUGCCGAACAACUCGCAAAACCUGGAAAAUACUUACCGCUCUAUAACAUACAUACCGAACUUGUCUCAUAAAAUAGACAAGCACCUGAAAAAAGAAUACCCCAACAUACGACUGGCAACACAUAACAUAAAUACCGUAGGUAAACUUUUCACCAAAGUUAAAGAUCCCGUAACCAACGACUUCCAAAGCAACGUCAUCUACAGCAUACCUUGCAUAAACUGCGAAGCAUGCUAUAUUGGAAUGACAACAAACAAACUAAAAACGAGAAUUAGUGGACAUAAAACACACUACAAUGCACUGGACAAGUUAUUAGCAGAAAAAACAGCCACCACCACUGACACUGAUUACACGGAUACACAAAUAGCCACACUGAAGGAGAAAACCGCACUAAUGAAUCACAGCAUAACGUUAAACCAUCGGUUCGACUUGAACCACACCAAAAUCCUAGAUAAACAUAAAAAACAACAGUCACUACCGUACUUAGAAGUAGUUGACAUGCGAUGGGGUGUAAGAGAUGAAGCAACAGAUGAUCACAUGACUACAGAAUUGUGCAUGCGCGAAAUAAAAAACUGUCAACGCCUCUCAAUGGGUCCCAAUUUUGUUGUAUUUUUGGGCCAGAAAUAUGGAUACCGUCCCAUUCCAACCUACAUCCUAUCAUCUGAGUUGCAACUAAUACGGGACGAUCUGGCGACGAUGGGAAUAGAUGUUUCGCUUUUGGACAUGUGGUACAAAAAAGACAGUAAUGCCGUCCCGCCUAUUUCAAUAUUACAACCAAUUUCAUCAAUUUUGACUAACUUUAUUAACAAGCGAGUGCCAAAGUUGCAAGCCGAAGAUCAAGCUGUAUGGUGGGACACUCUGACAAAAAUGCAAAAAUUGUUUCGCAAAGGAGCUGCUUCACUAUAUUCUCAAGGGAUAUUGAAUAGUGAUCAGAUGCAUAACUACUUCAUGUCCGUAACUGAAAGAGAAGUUAUCAAUGGUUUGCUGAGUGUUAAAAACACCAAAAACCAUUGCAUUGCGUAUCUACGUUACAUCAAUAACAUAAAUCUUCAGAAUCUAAAAAAAGCGUCACUUUACGUAGAUAUUUUGAAUAGAAGUUUAGACACGGAGGCUUGUAAACUCCUUGCUGAUUUACGAGAUGUACGCGUUCCAAACAAAAUCGAAACUUCUAAUCUACAAAAGUACACAAUUGAGUGGAUCGGACGCGAAGGUUUAGACGUAGAAACACACGAAGAAUAUUUGAAUCAUUUCAUUACCCAUUUUUAUAAAAACAUUGUGAAACUUGUAGAUCGAGCAAUGCGUAAAGAAGAUUCAAGUGCCCAAGGGCAAAUAGUUACGGAAAUUUUGCAGCAUCUUCAUGCAUGUAAUAAUUCGGUAAAAGUGUUCUAUGGAAGAGAGGAGCAACUUCAGAGUAUCGAAAACUACAUGCUGGGCUCGUCUGAUAAACCACUAGUUUUAUAUGGCGAAGGAGGUUGCGGCAAAACUUCUUUGCUGUCCAAAAGCGCAGCGCUAACAACAACGAAAUGGUUCGCCAAAGUCAAAUCGAUAUGCAUUAUAAGAUAUCUUGGAACAACUCCUGACUCUAGCGCUCUAACACCAACGCUUAUAUCUAUUUGUCAACAGAUCUCAUAUAAUUUCAUGUUACCAUUUGAACAAAUUCCGGAUGAUUUGGUACCGUUAACAGCUUAUUUCAAGCAACUCUUGUCAUAUGCCAGUGAACAACAACCUCUACUACUGUUUCUCGAUUCAGUAGACCAACUGACCGGUACUCAAGACUCUAGUAAGGUUUCGUGGCUUCCUACUCGACUGCCACCGAUGUGUAAGGUGAUUGUAUCCUGUGCAGCAGAGGAAUCCAAUCCAACUGCUGCUCAGGAAUAUCACUUACUCCGGCGGAUGAUCGAUGUUGAAAACAACUUUGUAGAGGUUACAGCGCUUGGAGAGGACCUUGCAAUGACUGUAAUUAAAAUGUGGAUGGGUACAGCCUGUCGAGAUCUGUCCAAUUAUCAAUGGCGUUUGGUUGCAAAUGCUAUUAGUAAAUGCUCGUUGCCGAUUUUUGUUAAAUUAGUAUUUGCCGAAAUUUGUCGAUGGAGGAGCUAUACUCGACCACAGGAUACUCAUUUAGCGUCAACUGUCAUGGAUAGCAUAAUGAUGUUAUUUGAACGGAUUGAAAAACAACAUGGACGAAUUCUCGUUUUUCACGCCUUGGCUUAUAUUACUGCAGCAAAAUCGGGUUUAUCAGAAAGCGAACUAGAAGAUUUAAUAUCUCUGGAUGAUCGUGUUUUGGAUGAUGUCUAUCAAUAUCAUUUGCCGCCGGUAAGACGUAUUCCGCCUUUGCUGUGGACGCGUAUACGAAACGAUCUUCCCAAUUAUCUUAGUGAACGUGAAGCGGAUGGAGUAAACGUAAUGAAUUGGUAUCACAGGCAGUUCAGAGAUGCUGCAAAAGAGAGAUAUUUUAAAAAUAUGAACAUGGCCAUAUAUUUUCAUUCAAUGAUUGCAGAUUAUUAUCUCGGUAUAUGGGGUGGAAAACCUAAACCAUUCAAAUACACAGAAAUUCAAAGACAUCGAUUCGGUCUUAAUGAGAAAGAAGGUAUAGCAGAUAGAAAAGUGCCCAUUCAACCGUUAGUAUUUUCAAACAAAGAAGGUAAAGUGACUAGAUAUAAUCUUAGAAAGUUCGGAGAACUCCCAUUUCAUUUGGUCCGCUCCCGACGCUUUACCGAUCUCUACGAAAGUGUUUUGUUCAACUAUGACUGGUUGCAUGCCAAGCUUUCUAGUUGUCCACUACAAGCAGUGCUAUCGGACUUUGAAGAUGCUUCUAUCAAUAUUGAUGAUAAAGAUGCGAGACGAGAACUUAUGUUGGUCGCCGAUGCUCUUCGUUUAGGAGGUGCAAUUCUUGGUAUUUAUCCGAACAUGCUUGCAGCUCAAUUGAUUGGUCGCUUACUACCAGAAAUAGGAGGCAACCCUAACAUCAGGAUGCUUCUUGAAGCUUGCGAUAAAUCAGGCCCAAAAGAUUGCGCACUCAUUCCCUUAAAUCAUUGCUUACACACGCCGGGUGGUCCACUGAAGUACUCUCUUGAAGGGCACCAAUUUGCCGUAUUUGCAUUUUGUCUUACAAAUCUAACGCGUGAUGUAAAUCCUGGAGUGGAAGGCAUUAUGCAGCAAUUAGUACUAAGUCCUGACAACAAAUGGGCUGCUGCAUACACGAAUAACAAUCAAAGUAUUCUUUUAAACAUGCUUUCAAGCGAGCUCGCUAUUAUAAAUAAUCCUUUCGAGGAGAAUGAAGCGAUAACUGGUAUGCACCUGUUGAACAAAAAUUUGUUUCUUCACACAAAACUUCGCUACGCCUGCUUUGAUAUGAGAGGAACAUUGAUCGAAAAAUUUGAAAUGAACGGUAUAGUCGGAAAUUGGGAAUUAUUGUUCAUGGAAUUUACAGAAUAUGCUGAUAUGUUUGCCGUUUUAUGGUCAGGUGAAAUUGCCGACACUAGGUUGAUGCUUUAUACCAUGAAAAGCGAUUUCAAUAAAACGUUUGUUAACAUGCAUAGCGUAUUUACAAUGAAUAAAGAGCGAUCAACCAUGUAUUGUUGUUGUCAUGAAAAUUCGUUCCAAGUUAGUGAAUUUCAAUAUAUGGAGGAUGAAAGCAACAAAUUGGUAGAGUGGAAAUAUGUGCGCGAUUUACCAAGGUAUGAUAAUGACACCAAAGAAAUUGCUUUACAGCUCAAAAUGGACCAAAACGAUCAGUUUCUCCUGGCAAGUACGGCUAAUGGAUUUGUUGUUUGGGAUGUUUCUAAAGAAGGAUUUACAGCAAAAGACGCCAUAUAUCUUGCAUUACCUCAUAGUGUACGCAAUAUAUCUACUAAAACCACGCAGUCAAAUUCAAUAAUGCUUAGUUCGAAAAUUGAUUAUGCAGUUGCAGGUGUAAGGUAAGGAUAUCAUCGAAGACUGCGUAUCCCACAACAGGACACUUUGUCAAAUUUAAAAGGAGAAGGUUAACCCGAAUUAGCCUAGAACUACCCCAUGAAUUUUUAUUCUCGCUUAUUUUCCGUCGGUCUAAUUCCUCACCAUGAACUUUUCUCGCUGAAAAUUUCAAAGAGAACUAUUAGCACCUGAAAUAAGAAAAAAAAAUUGCUAGGAUAUCGAAUACAUCUUGGUUUUCAAGAUAUAUCCGGAUGCCAUAUGGCAUUAUUGAGCGCGCUAGGGUACUGUCUUAUUUUUUCAUUCCAGUUUUCUCGACAAAAUUAUCAAAUAAUCAAUUUGUAGUAAAAAAGUGUGUAGUAAUUGAAAAGAAAAAUCACUAGAAGGUUGUAUGCAAAGCCACGACCGCAAGGUUGAAGUAGAAUACUUUUACAAGAAUAAUAACACGGCUGCUUGCAUGUCAGUCAUUUUUUCUAGUUAAUAAACGUUGACCGUUCAUUGGCAGUAUUGAAAUUUCUUUUUGUUUGAUAUUUUGAAUGAAGUUCAUUGAAUAUUUUUAAAUUUUGUGCAAAUGAGAAGUUGAAGUGCUGCCGAAUUGUAAUAUGC